UGUGAGGCCGCGAUGGCUACCGAUCGGGUGCAUUGAACUUGGCUGUGUCUUCAGCCAGAGGACGUCAACAAAAACAUGGCAUUCACGGGUAUCGUCUUUCUUCUAUUCACGCUGGUCGCUCUCGCGUCCGCCGCCAGCUCCGCUCGCGAAUUCUCCGAAUCGUUGGUGGUGGUGGAUCGGCGAUCAUUAGAAAGCGACCGGAUCGGACGUGGCCAUGCUAAUUUAAUCAAACGCAGCGCCGAAUCGAACAGCCAAGAGGAGAAGGAGCAGCGGGAGGAGGAUCUGGAAACUGCCGCGGGUACCAACGUGCUGAGGCCGCUCUUCGUCUACAGGCGUCAAUUGGCCUAUAAAAAUCGGAACAGAAGAGCGAAGAAAGGUUCGCGUAGGCCGCAGCGUAACGCGUGAUGAAUUUUUUUUUUUUUGCGUGUGCGUAAAAUAACGAUAUGCGGCUCGCGUACACACAAUUAUGACGUCGAAGUUUUCAAGACUUAUGCGCAUUACUAUGUACAUCGCGCAUUUUUUUUUUACAAAUAGGUAAGAAUAAUGUGUAGCGCGUAACGUGUAUAAGAGAGAGACAAUGUUUGCGAUAUGUGGCACGCGCGAGCGGUGCAAUGGCAAUAUUCUUAAAAGUGCUCGUUGGGCAAUGGAUCGUAUCUCUGCUGCAAAAUUUACGACUUUAGUGCGUAAAUGUUGGGUAAUGAAGAACAAAAAGAAAAAUGAAAUGUAUUUUCAGUCGUGCGCGUUACAAACUCAACGAGGAUGCGACCCGUCGCUAUAUAAGAAUCAUCUUCUUUUGACGUUAAUGUAUACGCAGAUGAUUACAGGUGGUUCUAUAUACGUAUAUCAUACGUUCAACGAGCUCCACAACACGAGUAGUAGUUUUUUUUUCCAUUUGAUCGAUUGCCAAAUUUACAUUCUUGUAUAGCCGUGCUCGCGUUACAUAAUAUUAUAAUCACGCGAAAAUCCAUAACUUUUAUGCGCGCCAUGCACCUUGAGUAUAACGAGAUGUUUCCGGGUAACAAAAAAAUACAUAUUUUAUUAUAUGCGCGUAAGGCACAAUGUGGAGUCUUGUGGGUCAGCAAUUUCGGUGAUUUGAUAAUAAAAAAUACAGGCCACAGUAGUUCAGUAGUUUGUCUCGACGGGAUCGCGAUUGAUUAUCCCAAUUCGACUUAAUAGGGCUGCUUGCGUAAUACGCCGCGCGUUGCGAUGCGAUGAUUUGUACUCGAGAGAGAGAGAGAGAGAGAGAGAGAGAGAGAGAGAGAGAGAGAGAAAGAAAUUAUACACACCCGCGGGUGCGAAAAAAGUUAACGUGUAGCAUGUAAUUGCAUAAUAGUAGUUCCAAUUUUCGUGACGAUUAUGGAUUAUAUACGCGCUUACUCACAAUUAUAAUUAUCCGAUCGUUUGAAAAAUGUUUGUAGCUGCUACUGGCUGCACAAAAAAUGUUGCGAUGAAUAUAAUUUAAUCUUUACAAUAUAGGGCAGAGAAAGAGUGAUCGUAUUAAAAAAUAAUCCAAUGUUUGUGUACAAAUGCUUUAUUGAAAUUUCUUUACUCGCUAAAAUCAUCAUUACAUGUGAAUCAUAAAACUAAAAGACUAUACAAGUGCAGACUGGUUAUACCUGAUAAAUAACAAUAAAUACCAGUUUCGCACGUAGCUAAAAAAAAAAAAAAAACAGACAAACGCUCACGCGUGCUUUGUAUACCUUCUUAGAAAAUGUAUUUGAAUCGAUGGUUUUAUUGGCUCUCGCGAGCGCGAGAGAGGCCCCCCUGGCAAAUCGCCGAAAGAAAUUGAAAGAAAGCAAAUUAUAAGACACGGAUAUACACAUCGAAAAGAAAAAAGAGUUCGUUGAACUCGUGUGGUGCGAGCGAGCGCGCGAGGAUACACCGUUAUGUUUUUGCGUGAUUUGGUGCUAGUUGUAGUAAACACAUGCUAAAUACAAAUAACUGUUUUUGGUCGAGUCUUGUGAAUUUUGUACGUACGUAUUUUUUAAGAGCGAACGCAUUUUUAAACAAUAAAUAAUUACUCAAGUA